UCUGUGGAUCUGUCAAAAUACAUUUGUGUCUUUUUGACGUUUUACUACAUUUUCUGUACAACGCUAGCGCAUAUUCGAAAAUAUCGUUGCUCAGCACUGCACAUCUGUCUCUUUUUGCUAAGAAAUCCGUGACAAGAUGAAGAUCGGACUUUGCGCUUUCAGCGGGUACAAAAUUUACCCAGGACAUGGUAAAACUAUGGUCAAAAUUGACGGAAAGACCUUCACUUUCCUCAACAAGAAAUGCGAGCGAUCGUAUUUGAUGAAGCGUAACCCACGUAAAGUAACAUGGACUGUUCUUUACCGACGCAAACACAAAAAAGGUAUCGAAGAGGAGACCACCCGUAAACGUACACGCCGUACACAGAAAUUCCAACGGGCUAUUGUCGGCGCUUCCCUCACAGAAAUCAUGGCUAAGCGAAACAUGAAACCAGAAGUUCGUAAGGCACAACGGGAACAGGCCAUCAAGGCUGCUAAAGAUCAAAAGAAAGCAACCAAGGCAGCAAAGAAAACGACCACUGCUCCAACAGCCAAAAAGGCUCAACCGAAACAGAAGGCCGCCAAGAAUGUGCAAAAGCCGGCAGCACGAAUCGGAGGAAAACGAUAAAUUCUUUGUUUUUGACACUCGAAUUGGGCGAAAAUAAAGUUUCUAUCAAAGCUUACGAGA